AAUCAUUGGAGUGAAUUUUUCUUGUUUAUACACACUUGUAUUUUUGGUGUGGUGAUUCCCAUCGUGUACAGUAGUGUUUUUAUCUGUGUGAUUGGAUAUAAUAAUUAGACCACGGACCAUGGCUCUAUUUCGAAUGAAUACUUUACGAUUUGUAGAAUCACAGAAAAUCACACAAAUUAGCACAAUCCUUAAACAACUGAACGAAAUUAGUAUCCGACACAAAAGUACUAGCGAAACAGAUUUAAAAAAAGUUUUAGCAAGCAUUAUUCCCCCCGAACAAGAAAGAGUUAAGAAGUUCCGUAAAGAACAUGGAAACACAAAAGUUGGAGAAGUUACCGUUGAUAUGAUGUAUGGUGGUAUGCGUGGAAUCAAAGGUUUAGUAUGCGAAACAUCAGUUUUAGAUCCCGAUGAAGGUAUUCGUUUCCGUGGGUUAUCAAUUCCUGAAUGCCAAAAAGUUUUACCAAAAGCCGCUGGUGGCGCCGAACCUUUACCAGAGGGUCUAUUCUGGUUACUUUGCACCGGUGAAGUUCCUACUGAUGCUCAAGUGAAACAAUUAUCAGCAGAAUGGGCAGCACGUGCUUCAUUACCAGCACAUGUUAACCGAAUGCUUGAAAAUUUCCCACCAUCUUUACAUCCAAUGUCACAAUUUUCUGCUGCAGUAACAGCAUUAAAUUUAGAAAGUAAAUUUGCUAAAGCAUACACUGAUGGUGUGAAAAAAGCACAAUAUUGGGAAUACGUAUAUGAAGAUAGCAUGGAUUUAAUUGCUAAGUUACCAGUAAUUGCAGCUAAAAUUUAUAAAAAUACGUACAAAAAGGGUGCAGAAGUUGGUGCCGUUGAUAGUACUGCCGAUUGGAGUAAAAAUUUCUGUAAAAUGUUAGGUUUCGAUGACCCUAAAUUCAUCGAAUUGAUGCGAUUGUACCUUACAAUUCACAGUGACCAUGAAGGAGGUAAUGUAUCAGCACACACUGUUCAUUUGGUUGGAUCUGCACUUAGUGAUCCAUAUUUAUCAUUUGCCGCUGGUUUGAACGGUUUAGCUGGUCCUCUCCACGGUCUCGCCAAUCAAGAGGUACUCAUCUGGCUAUUGAAAUUGCAAAAGGAAAUUGGUGCAGGUGCAACUGAACAAGAAAUGAAAGACUUUAUUUGGAAAACAUUAAAAUCUGGUCAAGUUGUGCCUGGUUAUGGUCACGCUGUACUUCGUAAGACUGAUCCACGUUACACUUGCCAACGUGAAUUUGCAUUAAAACACUUACCUGAUGAUCCAUUAUUCAAAUUGGUAUCAACAAUUUACAAUGUUGUACCACCAAUUUUAACUGAACUUGGAAAAGUUAAGAACCCAUGGCCAAAUGUAGAUGCCCAUUCUGGUGUUUUAUUACAGUAUUACGGACUUAAAGAAAUGAAUUACUAUACUGUACUCUUCGGUGUAUCUCGUGCUUUGGGUGUAUUAGCAUCUUUGGUUUGGGAUCGUGCCUUAGGUUUACCAAUUGAACGUCCCAAAUCUAUGUCAACAAAUGGUUUGAUGAAAGCAGUUGGAGCCAAGUGAAUAAAAUCAUAAGAAGUUCAUUCGAUUCAUCAUUGGUGAAGAAAUACAUUUAUCACAAGUUAAAAACUUCUCCCCUCCUUUAAUUUAUUUAAAAAAUGCAGCAAAAUAAUAAUUUUAAGCAAUAUCACAAAGAAAAUCAUUUGAAAGAACCCCAAUCGCAACAGAAUAAAUAAAUCAAUAGUGAAAUUUGAUAAAAACACACAACGUAAUUAUAAAAACAGCGAAAUACAUAGUAAUUUAGUUUUUAGAAUAUUUCAAAAAAGCUGUACAUUUACUUAAUAUGUCCGUGUAUUUUUUUUCUUUUUUUUUGUCUUUUUAAAUGUGGCGUGUAUGUGUGUGAAUGGAAUUUAUUUAUUUGAAAAUAAAUUAUUU